AUGUUAAGUUCCAAUGUGAACAAGGCUAAUCUCUUCGCAAAGGAGAAAGUAACCCCAAAAACCUUCCCCGUGCCAAGAAGCAGACAUGAUCAUUAUCAUGAUGCUAUGUUCCGAAUCCUUUCGGAGCAAAGCAGUGAUAUUGAGAUUGACAUGGGACGGAGAUUUGGGGGUUCCCCUCCAGAUGCGCCACCAACACACAUAGAGACAUACGAAUUACCAUACCCUCCCGCUUCCACACUGUAUGGUGAGAACGAAUAG